AAGCAUUGUGCCCGUGACAGUUGGUAUCAGAGCUAGUUGAGCCUGAUUCAGCCUAUUCCUGCUACAAGCUUCUCUUGGGGAAGUGAAGUUUGUAUUAUAGCCGCGUUGGGAAGACACUCUUGGACGGGUGAAGUGGGAAUCAUCUCCACCGAAGUGAGGGGACUUUUGGUGAAGAUAAGCAAGCUAUUUGGAUAGCGUUCUUGCCGAAGGGUCGUGCUAGCGAGUUCGUGCAAGUUGGGAAAGCGCUGUUCAUUGUACAAGUGUCAAGAAUGUCUGGCAGCAGUGGUAUGGAGACCACCACCAGUUCGCAACCCUCAAGGGAAGGGAGGGGCCGUAGGGAGAAGUCCCGUGAUAUACUUGCCGCAUUGGAGGAAAGGCUGGCAAGGGUGGAAGCCGCUAUGUCCGAGCAUAGGGAGAAGUGUGAGGACAUGGACCUUCGCAUUUCUGAGCUCGAGUCCAAGGGGGACGUGGAUGAGCUAAGGGACGAGAUGCAAGGAGCCUUAAAUGUGGCAGUGGACUUGGUGUCCAAGAGGGGGGACAAGUUGGAGGAAACCCUACGUCGAUUGCGUGAGAAGGUGGACCAGCUCGAUGUGGAGCUAGGCUUGUGCAAGACCGCGGUGGUGAGCGGCAGGGGUGCAAGCACAAGCGGGGUUGCUGCCAACAUCAGGUAUGAUGCUCCCAAGCCUAAGCCUUAUAGUGGUGAGCGUAGUGCUAGGGAGAUAGAUAAUUUCUUGUGGACUGUGGAGAGGUAUUUCGAGGCUGUGGGGAUCCUCGACGAUGAAGGGAAGAUUCGUAAUGUACCUCUCUACUUGAGUGACAUAGCCAUGGUAUGGUGGAGGAGAAGGUGCGAGGAUGUCAGGAGAGGGACAUGCACCAUCUCCACUUGGGCUGAUUUUGUGAGGGAGUUGAAGAGGCAGUUUUAUCCGGAAAAUGCCGAAAGUGAGGCAAGGGCCAAGCUGAGGCGUCUUCAACAUAAGGAAGGGCAUAUUCGAGAGUAUGUCAAGGAGUUUUCUGAAUUGUUGUUGGAGAUUCCGGAUAUGGGGGAGAAAGAUGCGCUCUUCUGCUUCCUCGAUGGCCUAACGAGCUGGGCCAAGUUGGAGUUGCAAAGGCGAGGGGUGCAAGAUCUCGCCUCUGCAAUAGCUGCUGCCGAGUCCUUGAUAGAAUUCCAAAGGAAGAAUUUCAAAGGUGAUGGUGAAAGGGACAGCCCAAGGCACCACAAGGACUCAAGGCAUGUUGAUGGGGAGCAUGCCAAAGGCGAUGAGGCCAAGAGGGAGAAGCCGCGGGUGGACAAGGGCAAAGAGAAAAUGGGUGAUUCUCCAAGACCGCCUAUCAAAUGUUUCAUCUGCGAGGGGCCUCAUAGAGCUUUCAACUGCCCAAAACGUAAUGCAUUGGCUGCCUUAAUCAAUAAGAUGGAGGAUGAGGAGAAAGAGCAAGGUGGAGUUGCUUCUAUGGGUCUCCUACCUCCCAAGAAAGGGGACUUGCCCAAGGGACGAGUUUAUGUGGAAGCCAAGGUAUUGGGCAAGAAAAUUAAGGCCAUGGUAGACACUGGGGCCGAGAAAGUCUACAUGGACAAGGGUCUUGCUGAGGAGAUAGGGCUUUCAUAUAGCAAGCACAAGGGCUAUGUGAAAGGCUUUGAUCAACACAAGGUCUCAAUUGCUGGAGUUGCACGAGGUGUUGAUCUUUGCAUUGGGGACUUCCGAGGUAAGACCGACAUUGUGAUCGUGCCUUUAGAGGAGAAGCUGAUGUACUUGGGGAUAGACUUCCUAAAGGAGAAGGGAGCCUUCCUCAUGUUGCAUGCAAACACCAUGGGCUUUAUGGUGGAGGGGCAGCCACUGUAUGUGCCAAUCCAUAGGGAGGAUUGGGUUGAGAGAAGAAUUUCGGAGGCAAAUUUCUCUUCCAACAUAGGGGCGAUGACGCUGGUUGAAGGGCAGCAAGGAAGCAAGGGACUUGAGCAACGAGGGCGUUGCCGGAAUGGGUGGGGGAGGAUGUCACGUACCGAAGGUGACACACCCACGAACUCCCCAAAAUUGUGUGGUCGUAGGCCUAUGGGAGUGGCUAAACGACCCAAGGAGCCAAAUUGCCCAAGAAUUAAUGGGGCGGGCCAAUCGAUGGGGAAGAACAGCAGACGGGCUGCUGGAUUGGCCAAUUCUGCCAACGGGGCAAUUCUGCCAGCAGUGGGCGUCGGGGGCAGCGGGCUGGCACACAGGCAGUUGGCAAGGCGUGGUAGGCCUACGGGAGCCAACUGGGCCUGCGGGGUGUGCAGGAGCUGCGGGGCAUGCUGGAGCUGCAGGACGCACAGGGGGUGCGGGGCGCUGUGGCAACGGGCCCGCGGGACGCCUACUGGCGCGGGGCGCUGCGGGGAGCGCAACGGGGGCGCGACACGCAGGACGCGCAGGCACAGCUGCGGGGCGCGCAGGGCAGGCGCGCAAGGCAGGCGCGUGCUGGGAGCGCAGGCGGGCGCGCGCAAGGAUCGGGCUGUCGCUGGUUGGCCUACGGAGCAAAUUGGCCCACAGCGAUGGUUGGCCUGCGGAGCAAGGCAGAGUGAGGUUCGAAUCUGCCAGCGACGGGAAGGCUCGGGGACGUGCUGGAAGGCGCGGGAAGGUUCCAGAAUCAUCGGGGGCGCGCGAGAAGGUGCCAGGAGGGUCUGGUUGGCCAACGAAAAUUCCAGAAGGCACCAGAACGGGCCAGUGGCGCCCAGAACAGGCUGGAACAGCCCAGAAGCUUCCAGAAAUCUGCAGGGGCAGCAGAUUUCUCACCAGCAGCAGGGGGUCCACGAGCUGGUUGGCCAGCAGAAUCCAGAAGCUUCCCAGGGGUGUGAAAUUACCAUUUAGUCCCUGAAACUUCUGGAAGGCAAAUUCUGGCCACACAUUUGGGAGGGCUUUUCCACCACAUAUUGAGGAGGUGGAAUGCCUAUAAAUAGGGGUGCUGGGGCAUUUGUCCAGCACCAUACCAGCAGCUUUGAGAGCCAUCCUUGAGAGCUAUUUGAGAGCACUCUCUUGUACACAAGUGAGGCAUUCUUGUGUGAGAUUUUGAGAGCACUUGUACAUAGCUUGAGUUUGUACUCCCACAACAUAUUUAACAGAGUGUUUUGGCUAUUGUUUGCCAA